AUGUCUUACAGCUCCCCAAUAUCGCCACUCGUGCUACGCAAACACAAAGUGACCCGCGCCACCGAGGAUGCCAGUGGUAUCCUCGUCUCCGCCCUCACGUUCAGCCUGACUUUGGGUGGAAUGUGUAGUGCUAUACAGUGGGACGUCUACUACUGGAUGCAGGUGCUGCCAAUGAUGCUCGAGAUUAUUCUGACCGGCGUUGCCCUCAUCUACUUUACCGCCAGCCUUGUGGUCACCUUUGCCAAGCCACGAUCGUGGUUCACGUCCCUCCUCUCAGAUCUGUUCUGGCUCAUCCCGGCCCUGGUAAUUGGUAUCGGAUUCGCGAGCUACUAUGCCUGGACAAUCCACCACUACCCAAAGUGUGGGCUGGGUGGCAGCUAUUCGUCUUUGCAAGGGUCCGCAAGGUUCACCAUCUGCGACCUGACCAUCGCCGGUAUGGCGUUUUCUUGGUUGUUUGUGGUUGUGGUCGGAGCCAUUCUCACGUUGCGGUUCGUCCGUUACGCGCGCCUGCGCGCGCCCAUCAAGAUGACGCUCGUGGGGCUUGCCUGGUAUGAGCCGACAGACGACCCCGAGGUGACUCCCAAGGCCUUGGAGGAGACCCAGACAACACCCCCGCCUUUCAAGGCGUAG